AUGGGUAAACAACAAAAGAAGCAUAGUAAAGGUCGUUUAGAUAGAUAUUAUUAUCUUGCCAAAGAAAAAGGGUAUAGAGCACGUUCAUCAUUUAAAAUCAUUCAAAUUAAUGAAAAAUAUGGCCAUUUUUUAGAAAAAUCCAAAGUUGUCAUUGAUUUAUGUGCUGCACCAGGUUCAUGGUGUCAAGUAGCAUCACAAUUAUGUCCGAUUAAUUCAUUAAUUAUUGGAGUUGAUAUUGUUCCUAUUAAACCAUUACCUAAUGUAAUCACAUUUCAAUCUGAUAUUACUACUGAAGAUUGUCGAAGUCGAUUACGAGGUCAUAUGAAAACUUGGAAAGCCGAUACUGUAUUACAUGAUGGUGCACCUAAUGUUGGUCUUGGUUGGGUUCAAGAUGCUUUUACACAAUCUCAAUUAACUUUACAAGCAUUGAAAUUGGCGGUUGAGAAUUUAACUGCUGGUGGGACAUUUGUCACCAAAAUUUUCCGAUCAAGAGAUUAUAAUAAUUUAAUGUGGGUAUUCCAACAAUUAUUUGAAAAAGUUGAAGCUACUAAACCACCAGCAUCACGUAAUGUAUCAGCAGAAAUUUUUGUUGUUUGUAAAGGAUUUAAAGCUCCUAAAAAAUUAGAUCCUCGAUUAUUAGAUCCAAAAGAAGUUUUCGAAGAAUUGGGUGGUGGUAACGAAAGUAAACAAAAUAAUGAAGCUAAAAUUUUUAAUCCUGAGAAAUUUAGUAGUCAAAGACAAAGACAAGGUUAUCAAGAAGGUGAUUAUACAUUAUUUCAUACCAUGCCUAUAAUGGAUUUUAUUAAACAAGAUGAUCCUAUAAAUCAAUUAGGAUCUUUAAAUAAAUUUGACUUACCAGCACCAAAAGAUGACGAUAAUGAUGACGAUGACCAUGACCACGAAUGGAAAAUCUUGAGUAAACUUAAAUUAUGUACACCAGAAUUAUUAGAAUGUAUCAAAGAUUUAAAAGUUUUGGGAAGAAAAGAAUUUAAAAUGAUUCUUAAAUUUAGAAAACAAGCCAGAGAUAUUCUUGGUAUAGAUAAAGAUGAAAAAGAAGAAGAAGAAGAAAAUCCAAAAAUUGAGGUUGAACCAUUGACUGAAGAACAAAAAAUUGAUCAAGAAUUACAAGAUUUAAUCAAUAAACAAAAACAAAAGGCUAAACGAUUGAAAAAAAAUGCUAAUGAAUUAAAACAAAAAGAAAUUAUUAGAAAUCAAAUGAAUAUGUUAACUGAUAUGAAUAUUGGUAUAGAAGCAGCCCAAAUUGGUGCAGAUUCAUUAUUUAAUUUGAAAACGGCGGAAAAAACCGGUCAAUUGGAUAAAUUAGCUAAAGGUAAAAAGAAAAUGAUUUUUAAUGAUGAAGAACUUGCCAAAGAUAAUGAAAUUCAUAUCGACGAAGAAGAGAUAAAUGAUAACGAUAAAGAUUCUGCUGAUGAAUUGGAUGAAUUGGAAAAUCAAUUGGAUGAUAUGUAUCAUCAAUAUCAAGCUAGAAAAGCUGAAAGAGAUGCCAAUUAUCGUGCCAAACAAGCUCGUGGUGAUGCCGACGAUGAAGCAUGGAAUGGUAUUGAAGAAGAUAAUGAUGAUGUUGAGUCUGGAAAAGAUUAUGAAAUGGAAUCUGAAUCUGAUGAUGAUGAUGAUGAACAUAUAAGACUUAUAGCUGAGAAAAAGUCAAAUGGAUCAUUGUCUAGAACUGCUCGUAAUUUUUUUGCAUCCGAUUCGAUUUUUAAUGAAUUAAGUGAUGAUGUUAUUUUAGAAGAAAUUGAAAAUAAAACCAAAGGCAGUAAUGGGAAAAUGGUCGAAUCAAUACAAGAACAAGUUGCCAACGACAACAACGAAAAUGAUGACGGUGACAACGAUGAAGAAGAAAGUGAUUUUGAAAUUGUACCUAAUCAAAAAUCAGACGAUGAUGAUGAUGAUGAAUCAAUGAAUUCUGAUGAUGAUGAAGUGUCGACUACUACUAAAUCCACUACACAUCAACAAAAAGUCGAUCUUGCUACAGUUGAAGCCAUGACAUUAGCUCAUCAAGUUGCAUUAGGACAAAAAAACAAAUAUGAUUUAAUUGAUGAAGGAAUCAAUAGAUAUUCAUUCAGAGAUAAAGAUAAUUUACCUGAUUGGUUUAUUGAUGAUGAAAAAAAACAUUCCAAAUUAAUUAAACCCAUCACUAAAGAAGCAGCAAUUGCCAUUAAAGAAAAACAAAAACAAUUAAAUGCUCGACCAAUUAAAAAAGUUUUAGAAGCUCAAAGUCGUAAAAAAUUACGAGCCCUUAAAAGAUUAGAAAAAAUUAAAAAGAAAUCUGAUUUAAUUAAUGAAGAUUCAGGGAAAUCUGAAAGAGAUAAAGCUGAUGAAAUUUCAAAAUUAAUGAAAAAAUUGAAUAAAAAACAAAAACAAAAACCUAAAACUACCGUGGUGGUGGCUCGUGGAUCUAAUAGAGGACUUAGUGGUAGACCUAAAGGAGUUAAAGGUAAAUAUAAAAUGGUUGAUGGUGUUAUGAAGAAUGAACAACGUGCAUUAAAGAGAAUAGCCAAAAAGUACAAGAAGUAG